CAGUCCGCAGGAAUACAACAACUCCAGCUGAGCCGCAGCUCGGGAAUCUGCUGCUCCGUGUGAUUUAUCAAUUAAUGCACACAUCACAGUCUCCUGACAGGCUGUACCUCAACACCGUGGAUAGGAUGCACCUCGAAAUGACUCUCCUUCAGAUUUUAUCUGUGCUCUUACUGCCAGGAGCGUGGGGUCAGAUCAGCAGCAACACAUUCGGCGUGGUGGUGGAGGCCAAGAACAUCACCCUCCCUGAAGGAUCCAAGGCUGUGCUUCCCUGCCACAGCCCCCGCAUGGUGUGGACCCAGGACAAGCUGAAGGACCGUCAGAGGGUGGUCCACUGGGACUUGGUGCGCAGCAGCCCGGAGUAUUCUGUGGAGCGAGUCCUGGACAUGUCCCCCGGAGCCCGCGAGAGGGUCUACAACAGCGUCAACAAGGGACGCAUUUCCCUCCCAGACACGGCUUUCACUGAUGGCAACUUCUCCCUCAUCAUCGACAAUGUGGUUGCAACGGACAAAGGAGUUUACACUUGUAAUCUGCACCAUCACUACUGCCAGAUUCACCAGUCCAUCAAAAUCCAGCUCAAUGUCACAAAGUCAGCUCGUAAAGAGAAGCGUUACUGGGACGGAGAGAGGACUGUGUUCGUGGUGAUGUUGGGCAAGUCGGUGGUGUUGCCUUGUGUGAACCGGCGCUCUCUGUGGAGGGAGGGUCUCCAGGAGGACCAGCAGCAGGUGGCCCACUGGGACUUCCAGCCCCCCGGCGUGCGUCCUGACCGGGCCGACCGCCUGGUGGACCUCUAUGCCUCUGGAGAAAGGCGAGAUUAUGGACCACGCUUCGGGGCGAGCAAGAUGAGCGUGGAGGAGGACGCUUUCACUCUAGGGGACUUCUCUCUAUCCAUCGCUGACUUAAGGCCUGUUUUUAAAGGCCUGUACUCCUGCCACCUGCAUCACCACUACUGUGGACUGCACGAGAGACGCAUCUACAGGCUCAAUGUGGGACCUGCAGUUCCCCCCGCACCCACAACAGCACCCAGAGUUUUCCAGAAUGAUGUGCCCGAGCAAAGGACUGUGCAAGAGGUGGAGGGUCCGCGCGUGGUGAACGUCAUCCUUCCUGAGCAGCGAGGUUAUUUCGUGCAGCAUAUGGGCUACUUCCUGGCAACGUUCCUACUGCUGGCGUUCAUCGUUGUCGCUGUCAUCGUGGUGACUAGGAGACGCAAGAAGAGAGGGCUGGAGUACGACAUACGUAGAUAUGAAAGGGGAACUGUGAUCAGCGGAGGUGAAAUGUCAUUAGAAUGCACAGAACUGAGGACUUGUAACCAAGAACCUACGAAUUCAGACUACAAAAACAACAUACUGAAAGAGAGAGAUAUGUCCAAAGACUGCAACAUGGAUUUUGAUGGGAAACUGUGGAAGUGAGUGCGAUAUUUCUGAGAUGCUGCUGGCAGGUCCAGGGCAGACACCGGAAGAGUAAAGGGCCGUGAAGAGAAAGGAAUACAAGACGAAACCCAGGAGAGGACAGGAGGAACGCUCCCUCUGCUGUAACUGUAACACUAAGCUUUUCAACUGAAAGCCAGCAUCAUUUUUUUUACAUGUAACUUUCACCAGCUGUUAUAACAAUAUGGUUACACAUUUAUUUGAUCCUUACUCCUUGCAUUCAUUGGGUGGUUAAUGGUGAUUAUUAGGCAUUUUUAUCAUCCUUUUUACAAAAAUGCAUGCUGUUUAUUAAGUAUAUUUUAUGUAUACGUUGCAUGCUUACAGAGAUGCAAGCUCACAGCUAUUUUCCAUUCUUGAAUUUUCUUUUUUUUGCACAAUUUCUGGUGGUUCAUAAUGCUUUAAAGGUUAUAUUACUGUAGUAGACAAUUUCAGACAGUGUUUGGAAACAAGUGCCACACAUUUCUAGCUACACAAUUAGUCACUUUACACAGAUUAAGGUCGUUUAUUAUGUUUUUAUUUUAAGAAACUCAGCCAGUCAUGACUUAAUGUCAAUUGUUUUACAUUGCCAAUUGUGUUUGUUGACUUGUGAAGCCCUCUGAGACAAAUAGGAUUUGUGAUUUUGGGCUAUAUAAAUAAACUUCAAUUGAAUUCAUGUUUUUUUUGGACUUUCAGACCUAGAUUCUUCUCAGAAUAAUAUUUCUCCCUAAUGGAUAUAUCUGUUUAUUGAUAACUUAUCAAGUGAAAAAGCUAAAUUGUCCGACCACUGACUGAAGGCCCAGUCAACCAAAACUCAGGUAAAAAAAAAAGAACCUCUUUGGUUAUUUGGUAUUUAAUGGGCUGUGCAGUGUUUGUUUGCACCAUGUACUCUGGAUCAUAAAACACUGAAUGUUCACUACUAAAUCUGCUGGUCAAUGAUAGGUACAAACUUGUUAUAAAUGUGCGGCUAUAGCUCUAUGAAGUUUACUGCAGGAAGAAGAAUGUUUGCUUUUUCAGUAAUGCAAAUCACAAUUUCGAUUUCAUGUUGUCUCUUGCUCUCUUGCACACUAUUGUUUGUCUCUUCCAAGCAAAUAUUUCUUCUAUUAAAGCUUCACAACAGUG